UAUUCGGGAUGGGAUUGGGAUUGGACGACAGAAAUGGGAAUGUGGGUGCUGUCAAGUUGAUUUUACGUGUAUCAGCUGGUGACUGUGAUUUAAAUGACAGUUAAUAUGUGUUGAACUAAUUCGGAUAAGCAACAUUGUUGACGGUGGACGGUAUAUAAUGAGAUAACGAAACGCAGAAUGAGAUACAGCGGAGUCCUCAGCUAUGCGGUGCUCACGCUAAAUCUGCAUCUUACUGGUCAAGUCGAAGGCAGCGGUACUUGCAGAGACUUACAGGGUCGCUCAUUUGAGACAGGAUUUCACUAUAGUCCAGGUCCGGAUGCAUGCACGCUUUGUGUCUGUGACAAUGGCAAUCCAAAAUGGUGUAAAGCUGUGCUGUGCUCACAACCACAGGACUGCAAGUCGUUCCGCGUCGGUAACACUUGCUGCGAGUUCAUCUGCAUGGACGACACCUUGUCUGUCGGCGGCGAUGGAAGUGGAGGAAACGGUGGUAACAUGAGUGAUGGAAGUGCUACCGGUGACAUUGGACUUCGGCUGGUUGCCAGUUGCGUCACUGUGAUAUUGUCGCUAUCCCUCAUAUUUUUUUUAAUCCAUCGUCUUCGACAGCGUAAAAUUCGCGUUUGUGUGGCAGGAAGACAGAGCCGCCAAUUAACUGACGAACAGAGAAGUUUGGGGAGUAUGGGAUAUUUGGAGAGAGGAGGAUUAUCGCACGGUGGACCUCCCGACGACAUGUCCUGUGGAGGUGGUUAUCCACUUUGGAAACCUCCAGACAAUUAUUUUCCCCGAGGAGAGGCUCCACCUCCAUACGAAGAAGCAGUGGCUGCUGCGCGAGCAGAGCAAGCGCUGCUAUCUUCAAGCCCGCAUGCUCUGUCUCCGUUGAAUUUUCAGGGUGCUUACUUAUCAGUAAAUCAUAGCACUCAUCCUUCGGUAGCUACAGUGACCAAUAGUCAAAUUGGCUUGUCAGUUACAACGCCAAAUCUCUCAAAUAGCCAUGGAACUUCCACGUCUCCAAUGAUGUCUUCCAUGAAUCGACCUUUGAGUAGCCCUAAUGCUCAUUCAAAUUCGCACCAAGUUGAUCAGAACGAAUCUCUAACAACCGGACCAUAUGCCAGUAGCUCUAUAACGAGCUUCAACAUCGGUCCAAAUACUUAUGAAAAUCUUCCACCACCCAGUAUUAUCGCAAAUCCGACUCACAAUGUCGUUGCUCCAGGCAAUGUUUUACCUUUACCUGGUUCACACUCGACUAUACCAAAAGCUUAUCAUCAUCACACAACCCUCCCACGUCAGGGAGGGGCAUUUACAAUAUCAGCUACAUUGCCUAGCUCUGGUACAUCCAACCAUCGUACCAUUCCUAGGACUUUGGCCACCAGUGGCAGUCUCAGAUUGAGAAGAGAAUUUACAACGCAUCAAUCCGUCGCUCCGCUAUUUGAUACUCCGCCUCGCAAUAUAUCUCCCCAAAAUACUCCUCAAUCAGCACCACCCAUCUCAACUGGCAAUGACAAUUCCAUCAGGUCUGACGCCUUCUACGACGAUGUACUCGUCGGAUUACCGUCAGCUUUACCACAGGUAGAGGCGGAGCCACCUCAACCCACUACCAAUACAACAAAUUGUGAAUUUAAGCCCACGAUCGCUUCAGCUAGUGAAGUUAACCAGGAUGGAAGCAUCGAAUCUGUGGCAUGUGCUUGCAGCAUGCAAGCUCUGCCGACAAUGCAUGACGAUGCAGAUGAUUAUCGCAGUGAAUGUGAAAAUUGCAAGAGUGCAAAUGGUUCGCGAUAUUAUUUGGACAACCAAGAUGAAUUAGUUACCUCUCCACACGAAACUAUGACGUUACAUCGUAGACCGGAAGAAACGCCGUUAGGGACUACACCCCAGUAUUAUCGAACUUCCUUAACACUGCCUACAAGUACACGUCAACGUACAAGGAGCACUGGAGCUCGUGAAAAUUGGUUCAGCUCAAUGCCUGAGAGCUCUACCGAGUCUUCGGACGAAGAUUAAGAUAUAACAAAUGAAAAAAAUAUAAAAAAAAAACUCGUUGUUGUUCAUAAUAUUAGGUAUUAAAAACUCUACGUGCAAUGAAUGGCGUAAUAAGCGAGUGCCAAAUGUAUAUCCAGACUUCACCGUAAUAAGUAAUUCAUACAUACCUACCUUACCUGUUACCUAAUACCAGUAUUAAAUAUUUAAUUUUAGAGUCAGCAAUUUUGAUAUUUUCAUUCUAACAGUGUCAUAUUUUAGGAAUAAUUCAGCGAGUUAGUGCAAACAAGGUAUAAGCUAUAAGAUUCGAUUCGUUAUUUGGAAACGACGUUGAAAGAUGCACUUAUAAUUUUUUUGCGCAAACUCCCUCAAUUAAAAAAAUUUCGAAAAAAUCACAUUUAUUAUGUCUAUUACUACACGUUGCAGCAUGGAGACAAAAACAAAUGAUCGUUAACACUUAAGGAAAAAUUUUUAAGAUAGAUAUCUGUUCAAAUACAUAAUUAGUAGCUGGUGGAUAACAAAAAAAGUAAAUGAAGAAAUAAUAAUAAUAAAAAUAAUAAUGAUGAUACUAAUAAUAAUAACAACAAUAAUAAUAAUUACUGUUCUAGUUUUCACAAAUUACUUAUGAAAUAUUGUUAGUUAAUCGAAGCAUCUUCAGCUUUGUGGAUAAGUACCUUAUUAUAGUUCUCGAGAUGUUGUUGCCCAUGCGUAAACAUUAUUUCCAUUAUAUAAAAAGUUUGACACUGCGGUCAGAAGUGUCUGCUUUUCACAUUAUGUAUAUUGGAAUAGAAUAUGAUAUUCGAAUGCAACAGCGUCGCUACCCAAAAAAUCUUUUACCAUCCCAAUGCUGCAAGGGGGUGAAGGCGACGGUGCCAAAACAAUGCUGGAAUAAAAAUAAAUGUUAUAAGCGAACGGCAUAAGCCAGUAUCGGAUGGAAGAAAGUUGUCACGUUUUUAUCAUUUCAGAAUUUUAUUGGUUGACAUUUAAUAUAGACUUAAUAUUAAGACGUGUUCAGGUAUGAAUAAAAGAAAAUUAACAAAAAAAA